AUGGCCACAUACUCCCCUCAUUACGCUUCUGGAAGCACGCCCUCGUAUCCGUUCCCGUCAUAUCCUUCCAACCAAGCUGCUCCCUGGAGCGCCACUCCCGCUGAUGUCGACGCGUACUCGACCGCGCUUUACGAUUCGAACACGGCACAAAAGAAACUCGUCGAGACUCUAGCCCAGCGGCGCCAGCGCGUCGACUUUCUGCGACGCAGAGAGUGGACGCGCAGGAUCGCAGAAUGGCUCGAGCAUUCCGCCACCGCCGACGCAAAGGAUAUUGCACCGAUCACCCACUCGUGGGUCGACAUUCUUGCCGCUGCCGACGCAGUGGAUGACUACGACGAGAUGACCGCCAACCCAUAUACCCCCGAAGAGCCGAGCUACCCGGAGCCAUACAUCAUUUACACUGCCUCCCCUCGCCCGGGCCCGGCCCCCAGCAUGGAUACCAAUACCCCCAACCAAAAGCAUACCCAAGCGCCCUCUCACGACCUCUCCCGCGCUGCACCGCGACGCCAGCGUUCGUUCCGGCAGCCUCGCUCCCGCCACUCCUCGCUAUCCUCGAUUUCCGAGGAGGACGAGGCGCAUCAUUGGUUCUGA